AAACUUUUUGGCCACUGUAUCGCAAUAUGUCUAACGUAACUAAAGCUGUAAAAGACAGAGUAGCAGCUGACAAAACUUGGCCAAGUUACAGCAUUCGCAUCCUGUCUGCUUGUGAUAGCUAUGAGGAUGGCAGAAGAAAGCUUCGAAUGGCCGAGGAAACCUCAGACAUACAAACAGAUGAUGAAGUUGGAAUGGGGAAGGGUGCAAGAAGGCGCAAAGAGCGAACACUAUACAGCGACACAGACGAUGAUGGUGAUGAUGAAGCUGUUGCCGGACCAGUUAAACGCAAACAUCUCCCCCCAGCCCCGCCAGUCCCACCUUUUCCAAGCCUCCAUGUUCCUGCUGGUAUACAAGUGGACAAUCGACAAGCCACAGACAGAGAAAUACUAAAGGCUAUCAGUGCUGUCCAGGUAUCUUUGGAUGAAGUCCGCAAAGAGGUUUUGUCCCAAAGACAGCUGCUGAACAUGAUGAUCAGCAAAGAGGCAUCAAGUGGCACCAUAGAUGUGAUGGAUACCUUUCCAAUAAAGUCCAUGGAAGAGCUGGAUGGAAUGGAAAACAAAAUUGAAGAUAAAGAAAUUGCUAAAUCACUGGUCAAUCAACUCAGCCUCAUCGGGGGUUCUAAUCUUAAGGAGGCGACCAGACGGGUGAUGUCUCAAACCAUAUCCCAUAAUGUUGCUCUGAACCUUAAUUGGGCAGGGAGGAAGGGCUGGAAAGGUCAGCAGACUGAACCGAAGAGAGCAUUUGGUGGUCUGCGCCUAUGCGCUGCAAUGAAAAAAGCGAUGCUGAAGAACGUUGCCUUCAAAACAACAGAAGACCAGGUCGAGAGAGAAAUGAUGAUAUGGCUUCGCAACGCCUGCGACAGGCAUGGGGGCAGGAAGAGGCGCGCUGAGUCUCAAGCCACUGUGUCAGUAGUGACUGUUUCGGAAAACAGCAAAAUCGCUGAAAUCACUGAAAAUGAACUUUGAUCGGUCCGAGCUAUUUUCCUGUGCUUGAUUUAAGAGUCAACUCUUUUUGUGCCAUUGGUGCAGGUGGGAUCAAUUAAACUAUUUGAAACUUACAUAUACAUGUUGGUUGAGUUCCUUACUUUAUAAAUGUAAGUAAGUUCUGAAACUGUUUUGGUGAUUCACUGGUCUCCCACCAGUUUGUAUUCUUCAUCAAACCUUUUGCCAAGAGCUGCUAUGGUAACAUUUUCAACCUUAAAGCCAAAGGUUUUGACAGUCGUACUGUUUGGCAUAUAUGUUGCUUUCUUGUCGACCAAUAGAAAAAGGUUAAAAAAAUAUCAAGGUAGGGUUACUGCAAAUAUCAAUUUAACAAAUGUCGCUGAAUGAUUACUUUUAUUCCUAGGAAAAGCAAUGGAUUUGAUUGGGGAUAAGCAUUCUGGGUCUUCACUAUAUCUGUUUAGGACCAGUUAUGAGCAAAGAGUACAUUGGCCCAAUUCUAAAUGUACUGUACUGGCCCUAUUCUUACAAAGAUUGGCGCUGUAUUGGCCUAAUAACUUUAUGCAACUCUGGGCCAAUCAAUGUAUUACUACACUGGUCCAAUGCAUGUUUAAAAAUGGAUACAUAAUGGUGAAAUUCCCAAACCAGUACUGGACCAGUGCCGCGCCACUGUGCAAAACGUGUAUUGGUCCGAUAAUUGUUUCCCCAAAUGGCCCAAUUGAAUACGUGUCAGAGUGCCAAUAUUGGUCCAAUGCUUUUAUGUUU